CCCACUGUAACGGAAGUUGCGCAAUAAUCAAUCCUACUCUCUCUCUCUCUCAGUAUCCCUAAAAAUGGGGAACGGACAAAUGGCGCGUGAAUUGACGGAUCUUGACCACGUUAUAAGUCUGUGGGAAGCAGCCAAUGGUGUCAUAUCCAUCUCGGGAAUAUAGAGAGGUUUGAAUUGCACACUUAAAAUUUCUUUCUUUGGAAAGAGAGCAGCUUCGUCCAUUUCUAUGGAAUGAAAUUUCAUUGCAACUCUCGUAGGCCGAUGAUUCAUAAUUAAGUCCACUCAAAUAGUAUCUCGUUUUCUCUCAAUCGGACGGGAAACUGGUUAGUUUGAUUAGUCAGCUGGGCUGGGUUACUGAAGAAUUGUUUUCUGGAAAAAUGCCGUGUCAUGAGAUACAAUCGUGGACGCUUAGUAGGCUAGUGGGUGCAUUUCUUGAUCUCUCCAUUGCGUAUCUUCUCCUCUGUGCAUCAACUCUCGCUUAUUCUGCCUCAAAAUUUCUGGGUAUGUUUGGAUUGUCUCUGCCAUGCCCUUGCAAUGGACUUUUUGGUGACCCCAAUAGUGAUAAUUGUUGGCAAACAGCUCUUGUAGACUGUCAAUCAGAGAAGAUAUCAUCUGUUCAAUUCUCUGUUAAGAGCAAGUUCCCUUUUGAUUCAAUAUGGGACAAAAACCUGUAUCAGACAAAUUGUGAAAAUACAAUUUUUGGAUUAGAUGAUGAAGCAUCGUCUGGCUCAUUUCAUGAGAGGAGUGAAGAAGUGUUUGUUGGGAGUAGUGUAAUGUAUGCAAGGGAUGUGAAAGAGAGGUUUGAUAAGGAGAAGGGGUGUUUGAGUCAGAAGGUUAGACUUGCUCUUGGGCGUCGUAGGAAAGGUUCUACUGAAAUUGGGAGGUCAUCUUCUUCUUCAUCAUACGAUCCUUUUAGGUGGGAUGCACAAGCUCUUCGUCAGUCUCCUGCCAGUGCCAGUAAAAUGAUGAAUGCGAGUGAUGAAGGCAGCAUGGUACCUGAUAGUUCUGGUGGUAAUAUCCUAAAUUAUGGCAGGGACUCUUCAGUGGAAUUGCGUUUGUUGGGGAGAAAGUCCCCUGAUUUUGAAUCAAAUGAACCUAUAAAUGAAAUUAAACCAACGGAGAAGGUUACAUCACCUGAAGAUGAGUUGAAAUUUAAUGCACAAGGGGAGCUUCCCUUUGGUCCUGAUGAAAACAAUGCAAUUAGAGUAUUGGAACAAGCACUUGCAGCAGAGCAUGCAGCUCGUGCUGCUUUGUACCUUGAACUUGAGAAAGAGAGGAGUUCUGCUGCUACUGCCGCAGAGGAGGCCAUGGCAAUGAUUCUGCGUCUACAAGAGGAGAAGGCAUCAAUCGAAAUGGAAGCUAGGCAACACCAGAGGAUGAUAGAAGCAAAAUCUGCUUAUGAUUUUGAAGAAAUGAACAUUCUUAAAGAGAUCCUACUAAGGAGGGAAAGGGAAAAGUAUGUCUUGGAAAAGGAAGUUGAAACCUACAGACAAGUGAUUUUUGGAAGUAAGCAGCUGCAUUAUGUGCAUUAUGAUCCACAAGGCACAGGAACCUCACACGGAAAAGGGGCUUAUUCGUUGCAAUAUUCAGGUGAGGAUCCGUUGCAGAUGCUGCAGAGAAUUGGUGAAUCCAUUUGUGAGAAGGAAAAUGUGGAUCAUACUCUAGUCUUUGGGAAAGAGUUACCAAUCCCAAAGUUGGAUGAAGUAUUUCCUCAGGAAAGAGAUAUGCAAUUACAAUUUGACUUAUCAACUGCAGAAGGAUAUAAUUUGCAUGAGAAAACUGUUGCCCCUCUUGGGGAAGUACAGAAACAAAGUGAUGUCAUUAUUACAAGUGAAGGAUUGGCAUCAAAGGCAAUUCAGACUUGCAAUGAAACUGAGAAUAGUUUUCCGUAUAAUUCUGAUGAUUCAGAGAAGCACGACCAAGAUUCAUGCAAUGCAAUGGUAAACAUGGAUGCUCAUGUUCAUGAUGUUUAUAUGAUUGGUGAUAAAUUUAAUAUGCCUGGUGAAUUCAGAGGAAUUGGAAUUGAAAAACUGUUAGUAAAUGCCAUCUUAGACAUCCCAAAAUCAUGUGAUAGUCGAGCAAUUACCAGUUCACAAACUAAGCAGGGCAUCAGCAGAAGCUACUCAGACAUAACUAGUGGAAUGCCACGUGUGGGUUGCUCGCAAAAAAAACCCUUGGUUUCUGUUUUUAAGAGAAAUUCCAUGUCUGCAGUUGAUUAUGAGAGGUUGAGAAUUGACAAUGAAGUUGGAAGGCUAUGGGAAAGGCUAAGGGUUGUACAAGAGGGUAGAGGGAAGCUCAAUGUAUCUAUGGAGCACAUGGGAAAAGAAAAUAUUCAGUUGCAACUUUUGGAGAAUAUCAUGAGCCAGCUUCGAGAGAUUCUACAAUUAAAUGAACUUGGAAAGGCUGUUCGCCAGGUUUCAUUGCCUCCUUCAUCUUGUAAGAUUAUGUCCAAGAAAAGGCGCUGGCAAAGUGUUUCUUUAGAAGUGCAUAAAAGCAUUUAGACGGUGGUGGAGAUCUUGAAGCUAAUUAUGGUACUCUCUGGACAAAUGAGCUCUUGUAAGAAGAAAUGACUUGUAGUUACUUUGGACAGAACUGCCAGAAGGGAUUAUAUGCAACAGCUGACAGUAGAUGCAGAGCAAUUGCACUGUUCUCACUGUAGAAAUGCAGUUCUGUAUCACUAUCAGCCAUGUAGCUACUGCUUGAGAUAUUUUGAUAACAGGUCAAGUACCACUUGAGAAGUAAAUUUCUACCAUAAAGUAGAGAGUUUUUUCUCCAUAAUUUUUAGGUUCAAUCUGUUGGAUUGCAGUUGAAUAAUGACGAAUUGCUUUGUGUGUUUUGUUUGAAUUUUUGAGGGAAGUUGAAUCUGGCCUGGAAAUUUACUUGCCAUA